UCUGGCGCGUCAGACGAACAACGAAUACGUGCGCAUGGAUAACUCGAGUAUUUCUUAAAAAAACAACACAAAACUUGCCUGCUAGCGAUUUAUUUGUGCGUGCGUGUGUGUGUGUGUGUGUGUGUGGUGACUGCAGUGUGGCUUAGGCGUGUGAAUCAUUAGCGCCGAAUUGUUUGCCAGCAACGCGUACAAUUAAAGUUUCUGACUGACGUGUGAUGGGCUUGUGCCCGCAGCAGCAGGUGUGAGAGUAAAUUGCAUGCCAUCGUGGUUACAUGACAUGCCAAGCCAGAGCCAGAGCCAGAGCCAGAGCCAGAGCCAAAGCCAAGCCGAGCCAAGCCAGAGCAGCAGGGCUUGAGUGAAAAGUGACAUACAAAAAGUGUUGCAUAUGCUAAGGCGCUUGCCUUGCGCACUGGCAACUUGCGCCCCCACUUGCAAUUGGAAUAAUUGGAAAUAAUAGCAGCUAAAUUGACUUCAAGUUUAACUUGCAGUAACUGCAGCUGCUCUCCACAUGGGACUUGGCAGCAAACUAAACCAGUUACGCGGCGGCGGCUGAGCCAACUGGGCAACAGGCUGAAAUUUAUGCGAAAACUUUUCGUAAAGUAAUAAGCAAACAAAACAAAAACACACACACAUAACGCAGCUGAACAAUAGCGAAGGCGGCAAUGCCAACAAAUAACAGCAAAAGACUUGGAGCUGGAGCCUAGAACUAUUUGAAGGGAAAACGAGCAAAUACUUAAGUCGGCUGGAAAAACCGCUUACAGAAAUCUGCACGCAGCAAACUUUCAUUCAUUUACCACAACACAGAGCGAGACUGAGUCAGAGACAGAGACAGAGGCUGAGGCACGUGUGUGGCUGUGGCCACGCCCAAAGUUUUCGAUUACGAGUCUUAUCAUUAGCUGCGCGCAAGGGAUUAGUAUGCCAUAAAUAUGAAACAAACAAAUGAUAUUCGCAUCAUUGUGCUCGUUUGCUGUAUGCUACAAGGUGUCUGCCAGGGCUUGCGCAUGGUCAAGGUGUCCAUACCCGCCUACAAAAUGCGCGGCGAGUCCGCCUUUCUCGAAUGCCAAUACGAGCUAAACCGCACCCACGGCCCGCACUCCAGCAGCAGCAGCAGCAGCAGCGAUGGGCAUCGCGAGAGGGAGCGGGAGCGGGAGCGUCAUGGCGAUGCGCACUAUGUGGACUUUGAGGACGAGCGGCAACAGCAACAUCGACGCAUGCGCCCGUCGCAGCAGCGGCAGCAGCAUCAUCAGCGGCAGCAUCAGCAGCCGCAGGCCAUGCGACAGUAUCAGAGCCAGAGCCAGGACAGCCAAAGUCCGUCGCUGCCACAGCAGUCGCCCUAUGGACACAGCGUCUAUCGCGGCAGUGCUGCGUCGGGCUAUUUGGGUGGACGUGUGGGCGCCAGCAUACACAAUACAGGUGGUGGUGGUGGUGUUGGUAGCAGCUCUAUGGGCGGCGCUCCCUACGUGCCCGACUUUGUUCACGAGGAUAGAUUCGAUGAGAGCGACGAGGAUGAGGAGGAGCUGCAGCCGCAGGAAGAGGGCGAGGCAUUGUACGCCAUCAAAUGGUACAAGGACAACGAGGAAUUCUACCGCUAUGUGCCAAAGGCGCGUCCGCCCAAGACCAGCUAUCGCGUCGAUGGCGUGCGCGUGAUUGAGGAGCUCUCCGACGCCAGUCGCGUGCUACUGCGUGGCCUCACGCUCAACUCCACGGGUCUCUAUCGCUGUGAAAUCUCCGCCGAGGCGCCAAACUUCAGCUCCGUGCAGGGCGAGGGACGCAUGGACAUUGUUUUUUUACCUCGUGACGGGCCGCACAUUAGGGGACAACAAUAUCAGUAUCAAAUUGGUGAAUAUUUAUAUUUGAAUUGCACAUCGGGGAAAUCGCAUCCAGCCUCGCAUCUGCAAUGGUUCGUCAAUGAGCAGCCGAUACUGGACGAGCACUACCUGCACAAAUACAAUGACAUCGUGCACAAGCAUGGGCUAAUAACCUCGACGCUGGGCCUGCAAUUGGAACUGGAGCCGCGGCACUUUCACGAUGGCGACAUGCGCGUCAAAUGCUUGGCCAGCAUAUCCCCAGUGCUAUGGAAGGGCGGAAAGGAGAGCGUGCUCCAGCGUCGUCCCGGCAUCAUAGACAAUCGCGAGACCAUGCUGCUAGUUCGCAGUGCGGCUGGCCAAGUGGAGAGAAAUCUGCUGCGACUGCUGACCAUUACCAUCAUACUGGCACGCAUUGGACAAUGGCUGUUGAGUCCGGAACUGACCUAGACACAAGUCAUAAUUGAGCUACAAUAGAGACAGAGGCGCACCAUUUUCAAUUCAAUUCAAUUGCAGAGCAUAAAAAGGUGAUUUUGUAUACUUUAAGUGUAAUAUCUUUAGUUACUAAGGCCACCAUAAAAGCCCGAAUGCAAUGCAACCAAGCAAAUAUCGUUGGUGAGAAUUCUUGUGGUAAAUCAACAAAGUGCUAAACAAAAUUGCAAAAUUAACUUAAACUGUUAACACAGCAGCAAAGUGAAUGAGAAGAAGCGAAGCAAGCAAGCAGCAGCAGCAGCAGAAGCUGAAAGAGCAGCAUAAAUAGAAUUUAAAUGUUUAAUUCAUGUGUGUACAAGGUAAAAAGAAAAUCCAAUUAGUAAAAUUUUUGCGUGACAAAACAUGCAUUUCCCACACACACACAUACAAACAAACACACAGCUACAUAUAUGUAUACACAGCAGAGAAAGAGUCAGAGUCAGAGUCAGAGUCAGUUUUUAAGCAUAGUUGACGUAGUAGUUUCAAUGUAAAUAAUUCAGUGCAACCAAAGCAUAGUUCAAAUUUAAAAACCUCCAGCAAACAGACAACUGCCAGAAAUUAAUCGCAUUCAUUCAUGUUCGUCGUAUAUAGGUAGUAUACCAUAUGUAUGUGUAUAUCAACUGCUGCUGCCAGAAAUGUCAUUUGCCUCAAUUUCAAUUUGGAUAUGCAAAUACAGUUACUACUACUACAACAGUACAGUGGUAUUGGUAUGUAUAUGCAUAUGUAUUUAGUUCUUGUGCUCUCCGGUGUGCACAUGUUGAUUUACUUUUAUAUAGUAAAUUCGUUUGUAAUGCGAGCAGCUUCAAUGAUUUAAUUUUAAUUUGAUUUUCCAUAUGCAUAUGGCAUGAGAUUCAAGGCAGAACCAAAACACAACCCAAACUCAUUUAAUAGCAUUAAAAACAAGUACAUAGUAGCAUAAUUGUAUAUAUACUCUCAGUUAAUAAUUAUGUUUCACUUAAUAUUAAAUGGAUUUAUUUGUAGUUGGGUGGAUUUGAUCAAUCAAUUACGUAUUAAAUACACAUAAAUGUAUAAGCCUAUAAACAAUUGAGACACACACACACAAUUCAACUCUACGCUCUCUUACUCUCUCUUGUGUGAGUAUAAGUG